UUGAUAUCUUAUAUGGGAAAAAAAUAAUACCGUGGGUCAGAAUUAGUAUUUGCGAACAACGUUUUUAUCUUACAUUGAUUAAAACUUUGCUAUUCAGUUUAUAAAAAUUAAUAUCAAAUUGUGCGAUACCUGUAAGCGAAUGAUUAUCUUGGCGCUUCUUCAAAUGAUCUUAAAAUAAUUGGCAACUCAUAAUUUAAGUUGAUAAUUACUGUUUACAUGUAAAACUGACAUGUAAUUGUGUGGCAUUUUUGUUUAAACGCCGGUGUUUACAUAUGAUGAUAAAGCUGCAAAUAGACAAACACUAUGGCACUUAGCAGGUUUUUCAGACACCCUGUUACGAUUUCUUCUGAACAAUUCGACGACGGGCAAUUCCAGAACUAUUGCAAGUGCAUGUUGGCUUUAAACAUGACAAAAAAGGCAUUGUGCGCGGUUGUUGAAAGAAAAUGGAAACUUUUCAUUUCUAAACUGCCAGAAAAUGAAAGAGACCAUUUGGAAACAUUCGUGCAUUGUCUUGGUCCUGAAAAGAAGACACGAGUACUGGUGACAGGAAUGCACAUUCCGUGCUGCCAUACACUUUGUGAAAACAUGCGCCUGCGGCUUUUAGCUCUUCUGGACGAUCCGUCGAGGCCCUAUGACAUUUCUCUUGACGAAGCGCUUUCGUCUGACAACUGUCUGCGCUACUUCUGGGAUAUUGCAAAGCUAUUCAUUUUCGAAGAAAAUAUUUUGAUGCCGAAACGAAAAUUGUUUGAUCUUGAUACAUUGCAGUUGAUUGCGAUGAUGCAAAAUUGCAAAUUGUUUGCAUUCGACAGUUAUGAUCAAGUUUUGUCUCAGACAUGCGAUGACAGAAAGUACCUUAUUCAUGCAAGAAAAAACAAGAUGACAGAGCAGGAAAUGACCUACCUUUUCACUAGGAUGAAACUACUGCUAGCCAAGUUUCAUGGUGUUAAAUUUAGCAUAUGCACUGAUACUGUUGAUGAUUUACGACAGCUUCAACAAAAAGAUCUUACAAAUGAGUUCCAGCCAAUAGAGUUCAAACUUCUUGUUAAGAAAAUAUUCGAAAUAAAGAAGGAAGCACUAGAAGCAGACAUGGUCGUUUCUGACGAUGACAUUGAUAAGAGUAAUUUGGAGGAUCUGCUAAAAGAGACAAAUCACGUACUGGAACAGAUAGAAGAACUUUUGGAUGAGCAUGAGGUUGACGACGAGGAUGAACUAAUAUUAGAAAACAAAAACCUGAAGGAACUAGUAGAACGUCUUAAAGGCGAAAUUGAUCAGUUGAAAUCUGAGGAGCUGUUGGAUAAUAAAGAGGAAGACGACGUAGAUGAACUAAGGUUGGAAAACCAAAACCUACAUGAACUUGUGAAAAGUCUUAAAGACGAAAUUAAACAGUUGAAAUCUGAGAACUUACCAGUAAUGGAGGAAAGUAGUAUGCUUGAACCAGAGGAAGUGACAGAUGUCGGACAAGAAAUGAAUGAUAUGAAGAGGCAGUUGGAAUGGUUUAAAUCAGAACUUAUGAAUUCAAGGGCAACCGUCAAACGCUUGGAAAAGGAAAGAAAUCGUUACAGAAAGGCUCUUGAAGACGCAGACGAAUUAACAUCUUCCAUGGAAACAACUGCUGGCGGUUUUACAAUUUUGAGCGAGAAAAGUAUUUUGUACGGACAGAAGGUGACGGUAUUGCAAGGAAAUAUUGUUCGAGUAACAGCAGACGCUAUAGCGCACCCGACCGGUAAAAAUUUCGAAACAAGAGGAGCAGUUGGAUCGGAAUUGAAAGAAGCUGGUGGCGAGGUGUUUCUCCAUGAGGUAACAAGUCUUCGCAAUACUCAUGGACCUCUUGCAAUAUCUGAAGCGGCUAUAUGUAAAGGAAAUAACUUCCCAGCCGAGUACGUCAUUCACGUACACAGUCCGGGAUGGCGGCAUGAAAAUGCACAACAAAUGCUCACAACAGCUACUGCAAAUGUCCUUAAAUUAGCUGAUGAACACAAUAUGAAAUCAAUCGGCAUACCAUCAAUAAGUAGUGGACAUGCCGGGUUCCCAAAGCUUAUUGCAGCCAAGACAAUCUUAAGUGCCAUCACGGACUAUUUCUCGUCAAACAGGUUUAGUUCUAUCAGACAAGUCUUCUUCGUUUUGUUUGAUGCCGAAAGUGUCACGGCUUACAUUACACAGUUGCAGCAACUAGAUGUUUAACGUUAUGAUGUUCCAAGAUGAUUAUUGGACCACAAAUCCAUGCAAGUCCAUGCAAAUCUAUACGACGACUACAACAAUCGUUAAGUAAUCACUACGUUGGAGAAGUUUAGGAAAUAUACGCUCAAUUUUAGUUUAUCUUUUUUACAAUAAAAUGUAAUUCAGAGUAUGAAUUUUUCUUUUCCACUGAUAAAUUGUCAUGCUCAGUUUAAUAAGUGAAUGUAGUAUUGCAAUGUAACUGGAAUGUGUCUAUAAUUACCUCAGCUGCAGCAUGUAGUAUACGAUAAUUAUCUAAUAUAUGUCAAUGGUGUAUAUACAAUAUUGUGUUAUAUAUACACUAAUAUUAAAGCACACAAUGUUUGAAGUAAAGUUGCAUAUAUAAAUAUUGUUUAAAACUUCUAUCAAUAAAAUAGACUUUAUUAAAACAUAUUCUUUUUUUAAAUUGGUGGAACACUGAGA